CAAGGAAACAAGUGGCAAAUAUCUUCUGAGAAGGGAUGUCUCUUCUUUUCUUCCUGCUCCUUGUGGUAGGAGCUAUCUCGGCUCAAGAAUCUGGAGAUGAAUCUUCAGGGGAAUUAGAUGAAUUUCUUAGUGAUGCAGAACCAAGCACCUGUGAUCAGUGUAAACCAGAAGAUGAGUUAGACAUUGAUUCUCCUAUUGACUGCGAAGCCGAGGACUACCACAAUGUAACAGUGGAGUUUGAUAAAGAUAUGGCAGAUGCGAAAGUGUGUCCUGGAAAGGCCGGCUGCUCUUUUCGUUUCUUUAGGCGUAGAAGAUCAUUCAGAAGAGCCCGGAGAGUCUGUCGUUGUAGACAUGGGCAACUUUCAUCUAUUCACAAUGCACGCACAAACCGAGUCCUGGCAAGAACUGCUCGACAUGUGAGGAGAUUCAGGAGAGUGAUUAGAUAUGCUUGGAUAGGUGUCUGGAAAAGAUGCUGGCGCCGUAGGUAUACCUGUGUGGAUCAUACUCGAUUGAACUAUACUAACUGGGCACGUAGACAGAUUCAUCGCUGUGGAUCCUGGUGCACUGCAUUGAAUAUUAGAACUGGUCGAUGGGUCUCUCUGAGAUGUAAACUUCAUCUACCUUUUUUCUGUACCAUUUGAGCACUUGGAAGAUGCAAAGCUGUGUUCAUUCCAUAAUGACCACUUUGAAAAAUGUAACCAUUUAAUUGCUGUGUAUACUCAUGAUUAAUGUCAACCUUGCAACAUGUAACCGCUGCUUACACUCAUGUAUAUCUGAACAAUAAAGCAUAAUGAAUCAUG